AUGGGUCGACCAGAUUUUCGUGGUGGCCGCGGUGGCGGAGGUCGUGGCCGAGGCGGCGGUGAUCGUGGCGGUUUUCGUGGUGGACGAGGUGGUGAUCGAGGCGGUCGUGGUCCACGUGGUGGAGGUGUACGCGGUGGCGGUGGACGUGGUCGCGGCGGAGGACGAGGUGGUGGUCGCGGUGGAAGAGGUGGUGGUAUGGGCGGCGGCGGAAAGAAGGUCGUUGUCGAACCACAUCGUCAUCCAGGAGUUUUCAUUGCCCGAUCUAAAGACGAUGACAUGUUAUUAACGAAGAAUAUGGUCGUUGGCGAAAGUGUCUAUGGCGAAAAGCGCAUCAGUGUUGAUGGAGAAAAUCAAGACAAAAUUGAAUAUCGUGUAUGGAAUCCGUUUCGUUCAAAAUUAGGUGCAGCAAUUCUGAGUGGUGUUGAUAAUAUUCAUAUGCCGCCCGGCACGAAAGUUCUUUACCUUGGUGCAGCUAGUGGUACAACAGUAUCACACGUAUCCGACAUUGUUGGACCAGAUGGUCUUGUUUAUGCUGUUGAAUUUUCUCAUCGUUCUGGUCGUGAUUUAUUGAAUGUUGCUAAGAAACGAACGAACAUUAUUCCAAUCAUUGAAGACGCACGCCAUCCGCAUAAAUAUCGAAUGCUCAUCGGUAUGGUUGAUACGAUCUUUGCAGAUGUUGCCCAGCCAGAUCAAGCACGUAUUGUUGCCUUAAACGCACAUCAUUUCUUGAAGAAUGGUGGACAUUUUGUUAUUUCGAUUAAAGCUAGUUGUAUCGAUUCGACAGCCACACCAGAAGCUGUUUUUGCUGGUGAAGUAAAGAAACUUCAAAGCGAAAAGCUCAAACCAAAAGAACAACUCACAUUAGAACCGUAUGAACGUGAUCAUGCAGUUGUUGUUGGUGUUUAUCGAGCCGUCGGUAAGAGCAAGAAUAAAGAAGAAAAUGAAACCAAAGAAUCAAUGGAAGAUUAA